AUGGUAUACCGCGAGAGUCUGUCCCUUGACUCGAUGCUGUCUCCUUUAGACAUGGAAGUGACCGCCGUAAAAGAAGCCCUCAAAGCUGCGCUUUCCCUACCAACAGCACGUUUCUCAGAAAAUAUUUGGAUACUCAUAGAUAACCUGGAGGUAACUCGCCUUUUAUCUCAGUCCCCAAUUUGCUCGUCACAAGGUGUUAGACACUGA